AUGGCCAGCCCCGUCGGGAUGUUCUCUGUGCAGUACGACCGUUCUGUGUACCGGUGUGUGGUGUGGCUGGGCCAGUGCCUCCGGCGGUUCUGGAACGUCCACGUCCUGGGCUUUUUCGGAAAGCAGGAGGAGGAGCAGAUCCCGCCAGGGAAGAAUAUUUUUCACAAAGAGAAGAUCAGGGUCCUUGGCGAGACGUUGAAGAACAAGUUAUUGACCAUCGAGGAGAGGGCUCAGGCCGCCCACCAGCUGGGACUGCUGGCCUUCACAGGAGGCCCCGUGGCCGGGCGGUUUGCGGCUGAGCACAUGAAGGAGGUGGCGCUCCUGCUGCAGGACGCCCAGGCGGCCCCCAAGGCGAGGGUCCUGCUGCUCCAGAGCGUGGCCUGCUGGUGCUACCUGAACCCCAUCACCCAGAAGAGGGCCAAGUUCCUGAAGCUCGUCCCCAUCCUCACGGCGAUGCUCAAACCCGACCCCGAGCCGGCGGCCGGCGGGAGUGCCAGCGGCGGCCUCCUGGUGAAGUUCUGGGCGUGCUACACCCUGUCCGUCAUGACCUGCAACAACGUGUCCUACGUGGAGGAGCUGCGGGAGUACUACCCCCUCAAGCACCACCUGCAGGCGCUGGCGCGGGAGAACUGGGAGGGCUGGCCCGAGAACUUCGCCGAGGUGCUGUACUUCCUCAUCGGCUUCCACCGGCACUGA